UGCUAUCUCUCCCACACAACAACACUCAAACCACACUGCCAGAGCUAGCCAGUGCUGCACACGUCGAACAAUAUGGCUACAAAAAACUCUGCUGUCUUCCUCCUCGGGCUUCUUCUCUCUUGCGUUGCCAUGAGCAGCGCGGCGAGAAUCCUAGAAGAGACCGUUCCUUCCAAGGAGGAGCACCAGCCCGAGGUGCCACCGCUUCCCAAGGUAGAACUGCCACCGUUCCCGGAAGUGCACCUGCCACCUAAGCCUGAACUUCCCAAGGUGAAGCUGCCGCCGCUCCCCAAAGUGCACUUGCCAUCUAAGCCUGAGUUGCCCAAGGUGGAGCUGCCACCUAAGCCGGAGCUGCCCAAGGUGGAGCUGCCAACGUUUCCGGAGGUUCACCUGCCACCCAAGCCGGAGAUGCCCACUGUUCCCGGGUUCCACCUCCCGGAGCCGGAGGCCAAGCCAUGAGAACUGCCUUAUCAAUAUUGUUGCCUUGUUGUACCUCCUCUGCUCCUCGUACAUGUACCUAUUGUCGUGUCG